UUUUUGAUUAACUCCGUGGUCGCCUGACUCUUUUUCCGCCUUGAACAUCAAUAUGUGUCAUGUCAUUGUCACCUGUCGCUCGAUGCUCUGGACCCUCCUGAGUAUUGUGGUGGCUUUUGCAGAGCUCAUUGCCUUCAUGAGCGCAGACUGGCUCAUCGGGAAGGCUAAGAGCCGCGGCGGCGCCGAGCCGGCCGGCCCGGGCGGGGGCGUCCCCGAGUCCUACCACCCCACCUUGGGCAUCUACUCGCGCUGCACGCGGAACCCGGGGCUGCAGCACUUCCCGCGGGACAUGCUGUGUGGGCCCUACGCCGAGAGCUUCGGCGAGAUCGCCAGCGGCUUCUGGCAGGCCACGGCGAUUUUCCUGGCCGUGGGGAUCUUCAUUCUCUGCAUCGUGGCCUUGGUGUCCGUCUUCACCAUGUGUGUGCAGAGCAUCAUGAAGAAAAGCAUUUUCAACGUCUGCGGGCUGUUGCAGGGAAUCGCAGGUCUGUUCCUUAUCCUUGGUUUGAUACUCUACCCAGCUGGCUGGGGCUGUCAGAAGGCCAUAGACUACUGUGGACAUUACGCGUCUGCCUACAAACCUGGCGACUGUUCCUUGGGCUGGGCCUUUUAUACUGCCAUUGGUGGCACCGUCCUCACCUUCAUCUGUGCCGUCUUCUCCGCACAAGCAGAAGUUGCAACCUCCAGUGACAAAGUACAGGAAGAAAUUGAAGAGGGGAAAAACCUUAUCUGUCUCCUUUAGUUUGGAAAGACAUUAAUACCAUUUUCUUACUUGGGUAAUCUCCUAAAAAGAGUCCACCUCUAGGUUGGUCAUUUGAAUCAAGUGGAGAACUAGCUUCUACAUACCAAAGCCACAUUCCACAGCCCCAGGCCUUAACAGGACCAAUUGAGUGGCAAUAUCUGGCUAAGCAAAGCUACUGGACGUGAGGACUACAUUACAAAUUAUAAGGGAAGGAACAUGAGAAUAGUACAAAAACUGACAUGCAGUCACCAAGUUCCAUCAGACUCUUCCUCCCGAGGCUCCAUGAAGGAUAAUGAUCAAAAUUAUGAAGGCAGCAGUUUCUCUAGUAACAGAAGAUGCUGUUUCUGCUCCAAAGCUGCUCAUCUGUGAGCAUCUCUGCCUCAGACUGAGAUUUUAGGUUGGUGUUUUUGUUUUCCUCCUAGUCCUUUCAUGAAGAAUGGAAACUUGCUGAGGACAGGAUGUGUGCUAAAGGGAACAGCAAGACCCUGGUUCUUGCUUAGUUGACCAAAGAGCUCAGCAGGGACACUGGAAUCCUGCUGCAGAACUUAUUCUAGGCCGAAUUCCAGGGUAAGGAGGAUCAAAUCAAAUGUAGCUAAGAUUUUAGAAAUUUGAGUAAAGAAAAAGUUCCUGCACAAUCAUAUAGGACAGGAGUACAAGAUCUUGGUAGGAAAGACAAAUUCUUCCCUCUUCUCAGCAGUCAGACUAGCGCCAAUCCUGGCCCUGUCUCCCCUUCUAUGGGAGAUCAUGUGUGUUCUCACAGGGUUAGGGUUGUGCUUUGACUGCCAAAGGAAACUCCACUACUUCACUGUUUCCUCCUUCCAGGGACCGAGGUCUGUCUCUAAGCCAGCUGUGGCUCAUUCAGAUGGUCACUGGGGAGACUUGCCAGAACGUUGGCAUUUGCAGGGAGACUGUUCCUCCCGGUUUGGUAAGCAGGCCGUACUCAGCUCUUAUUUCCAACCUUAUCAGUAGCAGAAUGACAGUCUUUGCAGGAAAAAAAGGAGCUAGUCAUAGGACUUAAGUUUUCUGGUUACUGGUGUUGAUCCUGAAAGAAGACUGAAAUAACAUUAAUUUUGCUGCAGCUGAAGAGUUAUAUCAAGGACUUUAUUCCCGGUGCACAAACAGGAGCUAGACCAAGGUCAUAGUGCACCUGCCCAAACCUGUUUACAAAAAGAAUCAAAUACCACUAUUAUAAAGGAUUCAGGAGCUUUUAAUCUACUUUCCAUAAAUUCCCAGACUGAUUCAGGAAGAUGGUAUUCAGUAGCCAGAAAUAACCUAGUCUGGCAUUAUGUGAGCUUCACAAUUGGAGAGUGAUACAGACGUACUCUGGACGGAUGAAGAGUGUAGAUCUGCUCACUUGAGGGCUUUGCUUUGAAAAAUUAACAAAUAAUUAAUAAACACCUUCUAUGGGCAAGGUAUUGUGUGCUAAGUGUCACCAGGUAUACAACCCUGACUCAGAUUUUACAACCUUGCCCUAGUGAAUCAUGUUAAAGCUGUGUGGAGUUUAAAACAGAUACAGAAUAAACAACUGCUUUAUGUAGAGAUGGAAAGAGGCAACUUAAGUUUUAUUACAUUCUAGCCUUUGGCCUAUACCAGAUAGCAAUGUGGAACCUGGCCUUCAUAGGUUUUUUAUUCUGAAGCAAGCAAGGUAUAAAUCCUAGGACUUUGAAGAGAGAAUGGGCAUCCUCACAGUAGGUAUCUUCAUAGCAGCCCCGGGGGAGGGUGACCACAUCUCUCACAACACACAGAAUGAGGCUCUGGGGACCAUUAGACAAGGUCCUGUCCCCAUUUGCGUUCAUAAUGUUCUAACCAUGUGUAACUACUUUUCACACAUGGGCAAUAAUUUUCAUCAAAACCAAUUCCUUCAUCAGGCAAAUCUUAGUCAAAAACAAAUUUUUCAUUAGAAGAUGCACUCUUUCUUUACAAAACAGAGAAUCCAUUUUCUAACACCAGAUGUACAAUUUUGUCCAGUCAAGCCCAAAGGAUCCUCCAGGCACAUCCAUCAUGGUGGUGUACCCCUAGAGCAACCUGGUAACAGUCACAAAUGAGAAUGUGACCUCUCUUGGCCAGAAUAAAAUUUCAUUAGCUUGAAUACUCUAGAAGACAAAAGACACAUGCGCACACACAAACCCCACACCACUAGCAGCCCCCUGAACACAGACUUAGGAACCAGAGCAGAGACUGAGUAAAGGUAAUGUUGGGCCUUUAAACCUGAAUCACUCCCUCGGGAUGAAAGGACCGUCUAAAGUCAUGUGUCAAGAUAGUCUAGACCACGCUCUUCUGCAGAACUAUUUAAAAACCACUGAGUACAAGGGACGUGCUAGAAAGAACUGUUAACAAUAGAUUGUUGACCCAUGCUUAUUUUUCUAAUAAAUAGGACCAUUACUACUACCAGAAGUCUUAUUUAUUUUGCCUGCAUUUAUGCUUAAAGUUUUGUGAUAGGCUGGGCUUCUCAAUGAACCCUGAGGCAGAAAUAUUUGCCUCGGAUUCUGUGGAUUCUUUAAACCUGUGUGCUAAUUCAAUGAAGUUACAUUGUGCUUUUGUAUAGUUUUUAAACCUCUGUGGUGUAAUAAUCUUUGUUAAACAUGUAUUCUGUAAAGUGCCAUAGUCUUUAUGUGUAGCAUAUUUAAGAUAUAUGUCUAUUAUACAUACACAAGUCUGUGUGAAAGAUGUGCAAUAACAAAGUUGUAUGGAUGGGUUUUUUGGUUUUUUUUUUUGAAACUGGACAGGAGUCAAAACAGGGAUGGUUCUGUUUUGGCAAAGAGAGUUACACAUUUAUGCCUUUAUAGGCUAGUCAUAAACCCGUAACCAUUUUAAUGCUACACAAAUCUUAUGUGAAGAAAAGGCUGGUAUACAAUCACUUUCUCCUGGGUCUAAAUGAAAAUAAUCAGCAGACUUAUGUGAAAGUUAAGCCAGCAGCAAGCCAGGCCCAGCUAAUGCUAGUCUUUUAUGUGAAAUGUGAAGCUGCCGCAUUGCCUUUUCAGUGAGUGUGAUAACUAGUAGCUGGUACAUAAUCACUAAGGAUCUAUUUCUUAACAUGCUUUUAGAGACCAUGCUAAUGCUAGACCACUAUUUAAGGGCUAAUCUCACACCUCUUUAGCUAUAAGAGUCUGGCUUAGAACAGACCUCUCUGUGCAAUAACAUGUGGCCACUGGAAAUCCCUGGCCUGCAUCUGUAUUUGGGUAGCAAUGACUCCCAAGGGCCAAAAGAGCUAAAGGCAUGACUGGGAUUUCUUCUAAGACUGUGGUGAAACUCCUUCCAAGGCUGGGGGGUCAUCGGGUGCUUCAGAGGAACUUGGCACCACUUGAUAUUCAAUAGCCACUUGAGCCAAAUGUAGAAUUGUAUUUACAGCUGUUGGACUCGAUUUGAGCCUUUAAAUGUGUGGUUAUCUUAUUAAAUUGUAAACUAAUCCAUUGUUUGUCUAGUAUCGAUUAGGUUCCCACGCAUAUGUCUGUUCACAAUGUGCUCCCUUCCCCAAAUCAGAAUUAAACCAGAUUUUGCAAA